AUUUAUUAUCUUUCUUUUAUAGUUUUUAAAUAUUUCGUUUUUUUCAAAAUUAUUGGUGGGAAUUGAAAUAUUAAUCUUGAGUUUCAAAUUAAUUUUUUUUUCAUUAUAUAAAAAAUAUCCUAAUUCAAUAGCUCAUCUUUUAGCAUACAAAGAUUAUCUUGUAAAUUUUAAAAAGUUUGUUAUAGAGAAAACAUGAUAAAUGAAAGCAAAAAAAAAAAGUUUGUUAUGGAGAAAACAUGAUAAAUGAAAUUAAAAAAUAUGACACCUCUUCACUUUUAGAUGGGUAUUGGAUAGAUUGCCCAUUUAAAAUUUUGAUCGAGUAACUAUUUCAAAAAGGUAUUUGAUAAUAAUAGAACUAACUGAAAACAGAAAUUUUGGUAUUAAAACGGAACUAAGGAAUUUAAUGAUAUGCUAGGAUAGGAUUGAAAUAUUAUCUAAAUGCAACAACAAUUUAAGAAGACGAUUAGUAUUAAUCUAUUCAAAUUAUAAAUAUUAUAAUAAUAUAAUAUUAUCAUAUCCUCUCUUUUUUUCCUUGUACAAUUUUUAUCAGCACUGAUCAUAAACCGUCAAACAGUACUUGACACUUUUGGAACACCUUUUUUCUCUUUAUCUUUUUCUUUCUGAUCACAUCAUAUAUUACACUUAUCAUGUUUAUCUAUUCUCUUCCUAUCUCUUAGUCUACACUCUUUGAAUGCACACCAAUCUUUAUUAUUCAUUAUCAUAUCCUCCUUUCCCUCACACCGGAAUCAAAAGCCACACUACACUCUGGAAGCAAAAAAAGAGAAACCCCUUGCUGCUAGCCUUAUGGGAAUGCCGAGUUCCCCAACCAUCACUUUCUCUUCUGAUGACGUGGUUGUCAAGUCACCAAACGACCGUCGUCUAUACCGCUUCAUCCAACUCCAUAACGGCCUUCAAGCUUUGCUCGUUCAUGAUCCUGAGAUUUACCCAGAAGGCCCUCCCAAGCCUGUUCCAACAGACAAUGAAGAAGAAGAGGGAAGUGAAGUAGAAGUUGAAGGAAAAGAAGGGGCCAAGGCCAAGGAUGCUGCUGCUCAGACUCAGACCAAAAAGGCUGCAGCAGCUAUGUGUGUAGGAGUUGGCAGCUUCUCUGACCCGAAUGAAGCACAAGGACUAGCACAUUUUUUAGAACACAUGCUCUUCAUGGGGAGUGAAGAAUUUCCAGAUGAAAAUGAGUAUGAUAGCUAUUUGUCCAAGCAUGGUGGCUCAUCAAAUGGGCAUACAGAAGCUGAACAUACUUGCUACAAGUUUGAAGUGAAGCGAGAGUAUCUCAAGGGUGCCUUGAGAAGAUUUUCUCAGUUCUUUAUUUCACCCCUUGUAAAAAUAGAGGCCAUGGAGCGGGAAGUACUUGCAGUAGAUUCAGAAUUUAACAAGGUUUUACAAUAUGAUCACUGCCGUCUUCAACAACUUCAGCGUCAUACAUCCGCACUUAAUCAUCCUUUAAAUAAAUUCUCUUGUGGGAACAAAAAGAGCCUGGUUGAUGCAAUGGAGAAUGGUAGUAUUACUAAUUUGCGGGAGAAAUUAUUGAAAUUCUAUGAGGAUUAUUACCAUGCUGGAUUAAUGAAGCUUGUUGUUAUUGGUGGAGAGUCCCUGAAUGUGCUUGAGAGCUGGGUUGUGGAACUGUUUUCUACUGUCAAGAAUGGUCCUCAGGUAAACCCAGAGUUCAUUGUGGAAGGUCCUAUGUGGAAAUCUGGUAAAGUUUAUCGGCUAGAAGCCGUCAAAGAUAUUAAUAUCCUUUCCUUAGCAUGGACCCUGCCUUCUUUAGACCAAGACUAUCUAGAGAAACCAGAUGAUUAUUUAGCUUAUCUCCUUAGGAAUGAGGGCAGGGGAAGCUUGAUUUUCUUUCUCAGAGCUAGAGGGUGGGCUACAUCUCUAUUUGCUGGUAUUGGGAAUGAUGGCAUGUAUUGGUCAAGUAUAGCCUAUGUGUUUGUCAUAUCCAUAUGCCUAACUGACUCUGGUAUAGAAAAGAUGUAUGAUAUUAUUGGCUUUGUCUAUCAAUACCUUAAGUUGUUGCGUCAAGUUUCUCCACAAGAAUGGAUAUUUAAGGAACUUCAGAAUAUGGGAAACAUGAAAUUCAGAUUUGCAGAAGAGCAGCCUCAAGAUGAUUAUGCUGCUGAGCUUGCAGAAAAUUUGCUCUUGUAUCUACCAGAGCAUGUCAUUUAUGGUGACUAUAUGUAUGAGACAUGGGAUGAGCAGUUGCUCCAACAAGUUCUUGGUUUCUUCAUUCCUGAAAACAUGAGGGUUGACGUUGUGUCAAAGUUUCUUAAAUCAUCACAAGAUUUCAAAUAUGAAACUUGGUUUGGUUCACGUUAUGUUGAGGAAGAUAUUUCUCAAAAUUUGAUGAAGUUAUGGAGAAACCCUCCAGAAAUUGAUGCCUCAUUCCAUCUUCCAUCCAAGAAUGAGUUUAUUCCAAGUGACUUUUCUAUACGAGCUGGUGAGGAUGAUUCUGCAAAUUUGACUUCUCCUAGAUGUAUAGUUGAUGAAGCAUUGAUAAAAUUCUGGUACAAGCCGGACAGUACUUUCAAAGUUCCUCGUUCUAAUACAUAUUUCCAAAUUAACUUGAAGGGUAGUAGAUAUGAUAAUGUGAAGAGUUGUGUAUUGUCUGAAUUAUUCAUUCACCUUCUUAAAGAUGAGUUGAAUGAAAUCAUAUACCAGGCUAGUGUUGCCAAGUUAGAAACUCGUAUCUCUUAUGUUGGUGAUCACAUGCUUGAGCUGAAGGUCUCUGGUUUCAAUGAGAAGCUUCCUGUUCUCUUAUCUAAAAUUUUGUCAGUGACUAGAUCUUUUAUGCCAACUGAAGAUAGAUAUAAAGUAAUAAAAGAAGACGUGAUGAAGAGAGCUUUAAAGAAUACCAACAUGAAGCCUCUAAGCCAUUCAUCAUAUUUGAGAUUGCAAAUUUUGUGCGAGAGCUUUUAUGAUGCUGAUGACAAGUUGCAUUGUCUAAAUGAUUUGUUUCUUGACGAUCUCAAUGCAUUUAUCCCUGAGCUUCGCUCACAGUUAUACAUUGAGGGCUUGUGUCAUGGAAAUCUAUCAGAAGAUGAAGCAAUUAACAUAUCCAAUAUCUUUAAGAUAAACUUUCCACUAAAUAUUAAUCCACCCCUCAUUAAGUUGAGGCAUGCUAGACGUAUAGUUUGCCUCCCCUCCAGUGCCAAUUUAGUUAGAGAUGUUGGUGUGAAGAACAAGUUCGACAAAAACUCUGCGGUUGAGCUCUAUUUUCAAAUUGAACAAGAUUUUGGUAUGAGGUCAAUGAAGUUGAAAGCUUUGAUUGAUCUUGUUGAGGAAAUUGUGAAGGAGCCACUUUUUAAUCAGCUGAGGACAAAGGAGCAGCUUGGUUAUGUUGUUGAUUGCAGUUCACGAGUAACAAUCCGUGUUCUUGGAUUUUGUUUCCACAUUCAAUCAUCUGAGUACAACCCAGUUUACUUACAAGGUAGAAUUGAUAACUUCAUAAAUGGCCUGGAAGAAUUGUUGGAUGGCCUUGAUGACGAUUCCUUUGAGAAUUACAAAAGUGGAUUAAUGGCAAAGCUGCUGGAGAAAGAUCCUUCACUCACAUAUGAAAGCAAUAGAUUGUGGAAUCAGAUUCUUGAUAAAAGGUACAUUUUUGAUGUGUCAAAGAAGAAAGCAGAAGAAUUGAGGAACAUAAGCAAGAAUGAUGUUGUAGAGUGGUACAAGACGUAUUUGAAACCCUCAUCUCCCAAAUGUAGAAGGCUACUUGUUCGUGUAUGGGGUUGUAACACAGACUUGAAAGAUAAUGCUGAAGCCCUUUCCAAAUCUAUGCAAGUCAUCAUCACAGAUCCAACAGCUUUCAAGAAGGAAUCUGUGUUUUAUCCAAGUUAAUUUUUGUUAAAUUUGUAAAUAUGUUAGAAUAUUGAAGUAAGGCUUCUUCUAGAGCUAGAGAGAACCUUCAUUUUUCAUUUAAUGGUUCUACGGUGAAGAGAUAGAAUCAACAUUCUUGAAUGUAAAAACAAAGUUGGAGUUUUAUCUUAGUUUUUG